GGGUCUCCCUGAAACCGAAUCGCUCGCAAGAUCCCCGGGCUCUGCUUCUGCGGCAGGAUAAUAAAGCGUGACGCGUGUGCGUAACAUAAAAAUAACCAUAAACCAAAUGCUCUCCACUCCGGGCGGAGUAAAUGAAGUGAAGUGAAGUGAAGCAAGGGGAAAACCGAAUCCGAAUCCGAAACAGAAACUGAAACUGAAACCAACGAAGGCAAACGGAAUUCCUUCAAAAAUCGGCAAAUAAACAAGAAGAAAAGAAGAGCACACACCGGUUUUGUGCGAAAGAAGCGAAGGAAGUACGAAGUGAAAUCAAAAGAAUUCUUUACCUCGAAAUGGGUCUGAACGGAAGACGAUUGUUGGGCUGCGGCCUGGGAUUCUUCUGCCUGAUCUUCUGCUCUUACGCCGCGCCGUCAUCAUUUGAGGAUGUGACCAUCUCAAGGGGUCCUCAAUCCUCGAUUACCAUCAAGGAACAAAGUUCCUUGCAAUUGCCCUGUGACUACCAACUGCCGGAUGGGUAUCUUCAGAAGAACAGCGUCAUCCUGCGCUGGCGGAAGGAUAGCAAAACGCUGCGUCAAGUGGAGCUGGGCAGGAUGGACAGCACCACCAGCGAACCCCAGUUGGAAACUAUGUUGCGGGAGGAUUCCCGACUAGCCCUGAGCAAGGACACUGGCUCCCUGCAAUUCAACAGCGUUCUGGCCAGCGAUGCCGGUCAGUAUCAGUGCCAGUUGGUCAUCGACGGUUCCGUGGCUGCCAGCUCCAGUAGUGGGGUGCUCAUGGUUAUUGAGCAACUGAAGUUCGUGCCACAGCCAACCUCCAAGAACUUGGAGUUGGGAUCUCUCAGUAAGGUGCACUGCAAGGCACAGGGAACGCCUGCUCCGCAAGUCAAAUGGAUGAGGGAAACCCAGCUACCUCUCCCUGCAAACGUAACCGACCAGAAUGGCACGCUGAUUUUCAGCCAGGUCAGCAAUGAGCAGCGGGGUCAGUACACCUGCAUCGCCUCCAACAGCCAGGGCCAAAUCACAGCCACCGUGUCCAUCAAUGUGGUGGUGGCUCCAAAGUUCAGUGUUCCGCCGGAGGGACCCAUCGAGGUGGCGGAGGGUGGAACUGCCGUGAUCCACUGUCAGGCGAUCGGGGAACCAAAGCCCACGAUUCAAUGGGACAAGGAUCUCACCUACUUGAACGAGAACAACACGGAUACGGAACGGUUUUCCCUGAUGGAGAACGGAACUCUGGAGAUACGCAAUGUUCGACCAGAGGAUGAGGGGCGUUACGGCUGCACCAUUGGCAGUAGUGCGGGAUUGAAGCGAGAGGACGUCCUCCUGGUGGUGAAGUCAAGUAAAUCCGCGUCCAAUUCGAUUGUGACGCGGAUCAUCAUUGUGAUUAUUUGCCUGGCCUUCCUGUACUUUGUGCUGGUGCUGGGCCUAAAGGUGUGGUACCGCUACCGUCGUCACCUGGGCAAGGUCCAGCUGGAAGAUGGCCAUGCCAAUGGGCCCACCGAUGGCCAGGAGCACGACCACCACGAAAACGAGCCCUGCCUGACGGAGGCCAACUCCAGCAAGAACCUGAAGAGCAAGCUGAGGGAGAGCACGAUCCUGGAGCAGGAGUCGCAGGUGGCCGACGAUAUUGUGUGAGGAGUGGACUCCUCCUGCGGAGUGACUUUCCAGCCACUUUCCAUGAUCUCGGUAAACAUGCUAGACAUGCCCCUCGAAAGUUACUCCGUUCUGUUGUUGAGAAUCAAAAAGGAACUUGUGAAACCCCCAGAAAUCUAUUUGUAUUUAUAUUUAUCUAGUUCAUAUAUCUAUAUAUAUAUGUAUUUAUAUAUAUAUUAUAUGUAUUUAUGCAUGAGUGUCUGUG